GGAAAUGGCAUGGGGAACUGGCGGUGUUGGGCUUCCCAAAAGCGGCCAGUUUAGAAGCAACACUGGGGGAAUGGACUAAGUGGGAAUUGUUCAGAGCUAAUUCGCUGAAGGAGGUAUUCGUUAUAAGUAAUAUUAUUUACAAAGAAAAGUGUUAGCUGUCAAAGUCGUACGGACUGCUGGUGGCCUUCGGGGGAGCUCGCAACGAGCUAGCUGGCUAGCUGCACCGGUGGCUGCUUAUUUCGCCAAGUGGCACAUUGCUGAUGGCCUCCCAGCAAGCUAUGGAUGCAACGUCGGACACGUGCCCCACUGUCCACAAUGGGAGCGCCCAUCGGGAGUGUGCAGACAGGAACCCUGCUGCCACCGCCUCCACCGUUCUGAGGCUACAUUUCUAUCACAGCAUCCAGGGAGUGUCCGACUGCAAAUUCCUGGGCUACCCGGCUGGCGAUUACGUAGCCGAGGAGCUAUGCAUUGAAGCCGCCAAAGCAUGCAGUAUAUCGCCUCUGUACUGCAACCUCUUUGGCCUCUUCAGGGAGCGAGACCGCUUGUGGUUCUCGCCCAACCACAUUUUCCAUCUCAAUGAAUCCGCCUCCGAAGAUCUGUUUUUUAGAAUAAGGUACUACUACCCUGGCUGGUACAGUGGUGGGGCAUCCCGGGCUUAUCGUUACGGCGUUGGAAAAGGAUCGGAAAGUCCCGUUCUGGAUGAUUAUGUGAUGUCAUACCUGUUCAAUCAGUGGAGGAACGAUUUUAUCAGCGGCUUGGUUAAGAUCUCCAAUUCCCACGAGACCCAGGAGGAAUGCCUUGGUAUGGCCGUGCUGGACAUGACGCGGACCGCCAAGGAGAAACAGAUGUUGCCGCUGGACAUCUACCGCACUAUAAGCUACAAGUCGUUCCUGCCCAAGGACAUGCAAGCGCAGAUCGAGGACUGCAGCUUCCUGACGCGCAAGCGCAUACGGUACCGCUUCAAGCGUUUCAUCCAGCAGUUCAGCCAGUGCUGCACCACCGUGCGCAACCUUAAGCUCAAGUACCUCAUCAGUAUGGAGUCACUGGAGAAGGCCUUCUACACAGAGACAUUCAAAAUCCAUGAGGCAUCUAGUGGCCAGCUCAUCCUGCUGGUGGCCGCCGACACCGGCAUACAGUGGUGCCGGGAGAAACUGAAAGAUUCCAACCAGGAGCUGCAGACAUUAUGUGACUUUCCGGAAGUUGUUGACAUCUGCGUCAACCAGGCCAGCAAAGAGGCUGCCACCGAGAGCCGCCUAGUCACCCUCAACAAGCAGGAUGGCAAGAACCUGGAAUUGGAGUUCCCUAGUCUGUCUGAAGCGCUCUCCUUCGUGUCCUUGAUCGACGGCCACUAUCGGCUUACUGUGGAUGCACAUCACUUCCUUUGCAAAGAAGUGGCGCCCCCCAGGCUGUUGGAGGCCAUCGCCAGCCACUGCCACGGCCCAGUCUCAAUGGAGUUCGCCAUCAACCGACUUCAGAGAUGCUCGAACAAGCGCGGCCUAUACAUUUUAAGGUGCAGCCCGAAGGACUUCAACAAGUACUUUCUGACGUUCUCUGUAGAGCUGUAUGACUCAGUCGAGUACAAACACUGCCAGAUAACCAGAUCGGCUAAUGGCGAGUUCAACCUCACCGGAACCAAGCGGAACUUCAGCAGCCUGAAGGAUCUAUUGGGCUGCUAUCAAAAGGAAACGGUGCACUCGGACAGCUUCAUUUUCCAGUUCAGCAAGUGUUGUGGUCCUAAAUCUAAAGAUAAGUCUUGCCUGCUGGUGUGCCGGAGGAACAAGGUUUCCGAUAUACCCCCCUCGCCAUCACUGCAUCGACCCGUCAGCCAGAUGGUAUUUCACACCAUCAAGAAGGAAGAUCUCGAGUUUAUGGAGAGCCUUGGCCGAGGGACGUUUACUAAGAUAUUCAAAGGCGUGCGCAAGGAGCUCAGAGACUGUGGACUAGUACAUCAAACUGAAGUAGUCAUGAAAAUCCUGGACCAGGCCCACAGGAACUACUCUGAGUCUUUCUUUGAAGCGGCCAGUAUGAUGAGCCAGCUCUCCCACAAGCACUUGGUUCUCAACUAUGGCGUUUGCGUGUGUGGCGAGGAGAACAUCAUGGUGCAGGAAUCUGUGAAGUUUGGCUCCCUGGACACCUACUUAAAGAAGAAGAAGACUUCACUGAACAUCCUGUGGAAGCUGGAGGUGGCCAAGCAGCUGGCCUGGGCCAUGAACUUCCUGGAAGAGAAGCACCUUGUCCACGGAAACGUGUGCGCUAAAAACGUGCUCCUGAUCCGAGAGGAGGACCGCCGGGCCGGGAACCCGCCCUUCAUCAAGCUUAGCGACCCUGGCAUCAGCAUCACUGUCCUGCCUAAAGACAUUUUGAUAGAGAGGAUCCCGUGGGUACCCCCCGAGUGCAUCGACGACUCCGCCAACCUGAGCCUGGCGGGUGACAGGUGGAGCUAUGGUGUCACGCUGUGGGAACUCUGCAGCAGCGGAGACAGGCCGCUAGCGGCGCUGGAUGACUCCAAGAAAAGCCUUUUCUACGAGGACCAGCACCAGCUUCCCCCGCCCAAGUGGACCGAGCUGGCCAACCUGAUUACCAACUGUAUGGACUACGAGCCAACGUUCCGGCCAACAUUUCGCGCCAUCAUCCGUGACCUGAACAGCCUCUUUACACCAGACUAUGAGCUGAUCGUGGACAGCGACAUCCUUCCCAACCGGACUGCAGCUUCCAGCUGGAUGACAGGAGGCUUCGAGAGUCAGGAGCCGGCCCAGUUUGAAGAGAGACACCUCAUAUUUUUACAGCAGCUAGGAAAGGGCAACUUCGGCAGCGUGGAGAUGUGCCGCUACGACCCGCUGCAGGACAACACGGGGGAGGUGGUGGCCGUGAAGAAGCUGCAGGACAGCACUGCCGAACACAUCCGCGACUUCGAGCGCGAAAUCGACAUCCUCAAGUCUCUGCAGCACGACAAUAUCGUCAAGUACAAAGGUGUCUGCUACAGCGCAGGCCGACGCAAUCUCCGGCUGAUCAUGGAAUACCUUCCCUACGGAAGCCUGCGAGACUACCUCAUGAAGAAUAAGGAGAGGAUCGACCGCAAGAAGCUGAUGCACUACGUCUCUCAGAUCUGCAAGGGAAUGGAGUACCUGUCCAGCAAGCGCUACAUUCACCGCGACCUCGCAACGCGGAACAUCCUGGUGGAAAGCGAGCAGAGGGUGAAGAUCGGUGACUUCGGCCUGACCAAAGUUCUCCCUCAGGACAAGGAGUACUACAUGGUCAAAGAGCCAGGAGAGAGCCCCAUCUUUUGGUACGCUCCCGAGUCGCUGAGCGAGAGCAGGUUCUCCGUGGCGUCGGAUGUGUGGAGCUUCGGAGUGGUGCUUUACGAGCUCUUCACCCACAGUGAGAAGAACUGCAGCCCUCCAGCCAUAUUCAUGUCCAUGAUGGGCAACGACAAGCAGGGCCAGCUGAUCGUCUACCACCUGAUGGAAUUGCUCAAGUCGGGCAGCAGGCUGCCCCAAACCGUCCACUGUCCUGACGAGAUGUACGAGAUCAUGGCGGAGUGCUGGGACAACGACUCGGGCCUACGUCCGUCCUUCAACGAGCUCAGCCUGCGCAUCGACCUGCUCAGGGACAGCGAUUGACCACCCAGCACUGCCCACUAUCACCCCAAGUGCCGCAGCCCCCCUUUUCAACUAGAUGUCCACCGGAGAGCGAAGAAAAAGCAUUGCGUCCGAAAUGCAUCUGUUCGAAUAUUUUGUUUUUUGUUGAAAUAUUUUCUGUAUUACAUAGACUGAGUGGACAAAUUUAAACAUGGAGGCGCUUGCUUCUAUGUGUGUGUGUGCGUGCGCGCGCGCAUGCCCAGCGAGCCUGUAUAGGCGUUUGAUGCUGUGUAUUCAAUAUCUUGUACUUUUUCCACAUUCCUUAAACUAUAAAAAGAUAUUAAUAGUUAAGGAAGAAGGAGUUUGCUAAAGAGAGAGAGUGUUGGCGAGAAUAAAAGCGAGAGUGUGGAUAUUUGAAA